CGAGUCCCCUCUGCUGCACUCCUUGUCCUGCGGGGCUGCGGAGGGCAGGGGUGCCGGGUGCGCGGCGCGGGGCAGUGGGCGAGGGGCACGCACCCCACUGAGGACCCCCCCGCCUUGCGGUCAGAGAUGGAGAAGGUGGCAGGGGAGAGCGUGCGCUUGUUAGACAAGCCGGCGGCGGGCAGCCCCAACCUCUCCUCUGCCGGAGCUGUCUUCAUCAUGCUGAAAUCAGCCCUUGGAGCAGGGCUGCUGAAUUUCCCCUGGGCAUUCAACAAAGCUGGCGGGAUCGCGCCGGCCGUUCUCGUGGAGCUGGGCUCAUUAGUCUUCCUUGUCAGCGGGCUGGCGGUGCUGGGCUACGCUUCAUCCCUCAGCACGCAGUCCACGUACCAGGGCGUCAUCCGGGAGGUUUGUGGCACGGCCGUGGGGAAGCUCUGUGAGGUUUGCUUCAUCCUCAACCUCUUCAUGAUCUCCGUGGCCUUCCUAAGGGUCGUGGGUGACCAGCUGGAGAAAUUGUGCGACUCCUUCUACCCCAACGGCACGCUGAGCGGGGAGGGACCGUCGCCGCAGCACUGGUACGCGGACCAGCGCUUCACCCUCUCGGCGCUCUGCGUCCUGGUGAUCUUCCCUCUCUCCGUCCCCAAGGAGAUCGGCUUCCAGAAGUACUCCAGCAUCCUGGGCACGUUAGCCGCCUGCUACCUCACCCUGGUCAUCGUCAUAAAGUACCAUCUGCAAGCGGAGAGUCUCAGCUUGCGUGAGCCCCCCCAUCCCUCCAGGGCUUCCUCCUGGGCCUCCAUGUUCAGCGUCAUCCCAACCAUCUGCUUCGGUUUUCAGUGCCACGAAGCUUGUGUGGCCAUCUACAGCAGCAUGCGCAACCAGAACUUCUCCCACUGGGUCGCCGUCUCCGUGCUCUCCAUGCUCAUCUGCCUGCUCAUUUACUCCCUCACAGGGCUGUAUGGUUACCUGACCUUUGGCGAGGACGUGGCGGCUGACAUCCUCAUGUCCUACCCAGGGAAUGACGCAGUUGUCAUCGUCGCCCGCCUGCUCUUCGGCAUCUCCAUCGUGACCAUUUACCCCAUCGUCGUGCUGCUGGGCAGGUCCGUUGUCCGGGACGUGUGGGUGAACCCCAAGCGCGGGGCCGUGCCGGUGGCUGAGGUGCACGAGCGGCGGACCCGGGUGGCGCUGACCGUCUCGUGGAUCGCGGCAACGCUUGCCAUCGCUUUGUUCGUCCCGGAUAUUGGCAAGGUCAUCGGGCUCAUCGGGGGCAUCAGCGCGUUCUUCAUCUUCAUUUUCCCAGGGCUGUGCUUGGUGUGCAUGAUGGGAACCGAAGCCGUCGGGCCAAGGAAGCGGGCCGCGCUCGUCGCCUGGGGCGUCCUCUCGGUGCUGUGCGGCGCCUUCGUCUGCGGGCAGAGCACGGCCGGCGCCGCCAUGGAGCUGCUGCGCCGCGCGUAGGCCACCCCGGCCGCUCGCCCCUCUCCCGUCCCACCGCCACCGCCGCGGUCCGGAGGGGUGCCCGGGCCCAGGAGCUUCCCGCAAGCAGCGUCGCCUCCGUCCUCCUCCGCUCCCGACCGCCCCCAGCCCCGUUUCCCCGGACGGGCUGCGACACGGUGCAUCCCAUCACAUCUUUAUUCAGCAUCUCCAUUGCUCUACUGUACAGCUGCUAAUAAAUACUGAACAUGAUGAUAUUAAGAAA